AUGCCAGCCACAGAAUCGGUUACUUCUUCUGGCAUCGUGGUCGAUGCCGUAACUGGCAAACGCCAUGUCCCUUCAUCUACUCGCGCCGACGGCUCCAAGCGCAAGGAAAUUCGGAUUCGCCCGGGUUACCAGCCUCCAGAAGACGUGAAGAAAUACAAGAACCCAUCAGCAGAAGCGUGGAAGAAUCGAGGCGCGGGCGGAGUGCCUGGUGCAGAAACAGUCUCUACUGAGAUUCAAAGUGCAAGUGCAGCCAGCAACAAAAACGCCAAGCGACGAGAAGCAAGGAAGAAGGCUAAGGCUGAGGAGAAAGCAAGUGAAGCGGAAAAAAAGGGGGACGAGGGAGCAGCAGUAGCAGCAGAGAAAAAGACCGAGGCUGAAGCGGCAGAUGCCGUUGACCCCGAAGCUGAGAAGGAGAAGAAAGCACGCAACUUAAAGAAAAAGUUGAGACAAGCUCGUGACCUCCGCGAGAAGAAGGACAAGGGCGAAUCCUUGCUUCCCGAGCAGUUGGCAAAGGUCAUCAAAAUCAACGAACUCAUUCGAGAACUAGAUGCAUUAGGCUUCGAUGCCGAGGGAGAAAAGAAGCCAGCUCAACAGCAACAGCAGCAGCAGCAGCAGCGGCAGCAGCAGCGGUGGUAUAUGCAUCAUGGAUUCGGAGAAAUGAGAUAG